AUGCCUGUUACCGAGAUCACCUCCGCUAAACUUUCUACACACGGCAGAUUCGAACAGUUCAAAGAACUCACUGACGGUGACAAGCCUGUUGUAAUCGACUUUUGGGCAACAUGGUGUGGGCCGUGCAAGGCUAUUUCGCCCCUUUUCGAGAAGAUGUCGGAUAAUCCCGAAUAUGGCAAUGUCGGGUUCUACAAAGUUGAUGUCGAUGAGCAGGAGCAGGUCUCUCAAGAGGUCGGCAUCCGUGCAAUGCCAACCUUUGUUCUCUUUAAGAACGGGUAUAAGAUUGGUGAAGCUGUGGGAGCCGCUCCACCACGUCUGGAAGGACUUCUCAACACUGCACGCUCUCUAUAG